AUGGUCUUCACACCUCCAUCAUGGGUGCCGAAGCUCCCAAUUGACCCUCCCGACUCUAUUUCGCUUCACGAGUUCAUGACAAGCGAGGCCUACGGUCGGCUUCCAAUCGCCAAAUCAAGAAACCCAUUUACUUGCGGUAUCACGGGGAGAACAUAUUCCGUGGUAGAGGCCCAUCAACGCGCCGACUUCCUCGCCCGUGCGCUCGCCAAAAGACUCGACUUUUCACCCAACGAGGGUGUUGAAUGGGACAAGGUCGUUUCCAUCUUUUCUGUCAAUACCAUCGAUAACUUCGCAGUUACUCAAGCUGUACACCGACUGAACGGCAUUAUUACACCCGCGAGCGCUGCGCACACUGCUUCGGACUUGGAGCAUCAACUGCGCUCAUCUGGGGUCAAAGCGCUCUUCACGUGCGCUAGCCGUCUGGAUAUCGCCAUCAAAGCAGCCAAGGCCGUGGGUAUUCCUCAAGAUCGCAUAUUCAUUCUAGCUACGCCAGGCGACAACUCAGAACUGCCGUUCACAACAUUUGAUGAUCUUGUGAAAGAGGGCGCAACCCUCCCGGAGUUGGAACCGCUGAAAUGGGUCAAGGGUCAAGGUGCGAGGCAAGUCGCCUUUCUCUGCUACUCCAGCGGCACGUCUGGUCUUCCUAAAGCAGUCAUGAUCUCCCAUAGAAACAUCAUCGCCAACGUUCUUCAACUCACCACAUACGAGAGCGUUUCCCGCCAGAAGGAUGGGAUUGAGACGCAAGCGUGCCUCGGUGCUCUUCCCUUUAGCCAUAUCUACGGACUCCUCAUUAUUUCCUUUGCCAGUACUUUCCGAGGUGACGAAGUUGUGGUUCUGCCUGAGUUUGACUUGGAGAAGGCUUUGGUUGCAGUCCAGACAUACAAGAUUGCUCAUAUGUUUGUCGUCCCGCCGAUUAUUAUCCGCAUCAUUCACAACAAGGCCCUGUGUUCGAAGUAUGACUUGAGCUCCGUCCGCUGGCUGUACACAGGCGCGGCCCCUUUAGGCUCUGAGGUAGUUGAGGAGGUGAAACGACAGUACCCGAAGUGGCGCGUAGGACAAGGAUAUGGCUUGACCGAAACUUGUACAGUUGUAUGUACCACGAGCGAAGACGACAUCGACAUAGGAUCCUCGGGUUCUUUAGUGCCCUCAACCAAAGCCAUGGUUAUCAAUAUCGAGACGGGAGAAGAGAUCACGGAGUACAACAAGCCAGGCGAGCUCCUGGUACAGACCCCCUCGUUGGUCCUGGGCUACAUGAACAACGAACGGGCUACAUCCGAGACAUUCAUCUGGAGAAAGGACGGCCGCUGGAUUCGAACUGGCGACGAGGUUCUCAUUCGGCUAGCGCCUUCUGGGAACGAGCACCUCGUGGUCGUGGACAGACUUAAGGAACUCAUCAAAGUCAACGGCCACCAAGUUGCCCCAGCAGAGCUCGAAGCUCAUCUCCUCUCACAUCCAUACGUCUCAGACUGCGCCGUCAUCCAAACACCCAACGACAAGGCCGGCGAGGUACCCAAAGCAUACAUCGUCAAAUCGGAUGCCAGUGGCGGACAAUCUGACGAUGUUGUUGCUCGCGCAAUCUGCAAACAUGUUGAAGAUCACAAGCAGAGAUACAAGUGGCUUGGAGGUGGUGUCGAGUUUAUCGAGACAAUCCCUAAGAGCCCAAGUGGAAAGAUUUUGAGGAGAUUGUUGAGAGAUAAGGAGAAGGAAGCAAGGAAGAGUCUAGUGGCUAAGCUUUAG